AUGGCUUCCAACCCACCAACCCUUCUUGAGUACGCCAGGUUUUACAAUAUCGCGGAGGACUCGACUCGAUAUUGUCCAAGCACUUAUGCAGACGAGACUUGUGAGCUAGCAAUCCCUACUCCCCCUGUUGAGGGUCUCAACCCCGAACACCCGGAAGAACGUCUCAAAGAAAUCGACCGACGCUUCUGCACUGAGCUCAUGAUGGAGAGACUCGCGACUAAGCCUGAGGAUAUGGAGUUCCUGAGUGGAUGUCUCCAGCUUCAACCGUUCAACGGAAAUAUCUGGCGUGGCAUCCUGCCUGAAGUGACAACAUCUGAGCUUAAAGGCGAGCCUCUUCUCCUCACAACCCAAGAUGAGAGAAUGUUCACUUCGUCUGAAUUUCAUACGAAUUUCGCGCAGAGUCCCACUCUAUCGUCCCCUAGCCCUUCGGUUCAUCUGCUUGUUCCUAGUGGUCCUGAUGUUCCGGCUGUCCCUAUCAACACGCGUGAUGUCUUUGAGUUCUACAAUUCGGCAAUAGCCUCCCAGUCCAAGGGCCUUGAAUGUUUUACUACGCCUGACAAUGUGGCUGGGGAAUCCUCCAAUAUUACCACAAUCUCCCAUCUUACAGGAGAUGUUGUGCCCCCGAUCGUGGGACCCUCGGGGACCGUGCAUCAGUUUGUCAGUAUUGAGUCCGACCCUGUUCCCUCUAUCCCAGAUCAGGGGAGUGAAGCUUGCGCUCCAAGUGCAAUCAGCUCUGAGUACCCCACCGAAAGUGAGUUCAGUGCAUUUGCUUUUGAUAACACCGCAUCUCCACGAUUGUCCGAUGUCAGGUUCUCCGUUGGCGGGAUUGACAGCCAGAAAGCGCAAGCACCCAGGAAUUUGAAGAGAGAGGAAGAGAUGGAGGCUCCUUCGAGGUCUGUGGCGGAUACAGGCAUGUCUUGUGACCGGAAGGGAAUUGUGGCCGCUUCUCUGAGUACAAUUCAUGAGGACACGCAGUCUGUGUCAGAUGGCAUCUAUUUGAGUUCCGCAAUAACUCGACCAUCAAACGAUCAGAAUAGCCCUCAGCUAGCACGAGCUUCACAGAAUGCAAACGAUAACCAUGUUUCCCUCCAAACUGCUUACGAGCAGAACCCCGAUUUCAUGCCCAAUCAUAUCUCGUCCACGGACAAGAGAAACUCUUGCGCUGCUCAAGCGGAGCAGUUUCGGUCAAAGCUUGGCUACAAUUCACAUCCCACUGGAUUGAGAAAGGUCCCUUUCAAGCCUUCAUAUGACGUUUCCUCCAUAGAGCGUACAGUGACCCCGAAAUUAUCCCAAGCAGUAUUUGGUGGCCUUGGAUCAUUGUCCUUGUUCAUGCGGACCAGGGGCAGUGAUGGAGGAUAUGUCAGCUCAUCGCAUGAUCCAUCGUCCCUUUCCCUGUCAGAAUCGACAAGAAGUGGACAAGGCGAGCUCUCAAACGACCCUCCAUCUGGCGACAGUCCCCCAGACAAUGAUAAGGAUUCAUCGGAUCCUUUCGCCUUGCCCGGCCCUGCCUUCUCCAUGCAGGAAAUGGUGACCCGAUCCGCGUUCAACCCACCACCAAUGUUCUUCUUGUCUACCACCCUUCUAAGAACUCACCUGGAGUAUGGGGACACACUCUCGGAUCCCCGAUACUAUUGUGACGCAGAAGUCAUUCUGGCACCUGAUACUGGCCUCAUUCUGACGACGCCUCAUGAGCUGACCCAGCGGUAUCUUCCAGGACAUGGGCCAAGGAAUGAAAGGCUCAAUGGAGUCUGGGGAAUCAACUCCCCAUUCCGGGAAAAGGUUUUCCGCCUCAUGCAUCGCUAUGCUUUUCUGGUCAUUCUCAUCUGCGAGUCUAGCGACGCAGACGUCAGCAUGGCUGCAAAUGUCUCCACGUUAAGGGAAAUCGGUUCGCUUGCUCAAUUUUGUAGCAGCCAUCAGGAACUGUGCAAGACAUUAUCAAUGCCGAUCCCAAACCACUCGGCGUCCAUUGUAUUAUGGUGUUUCGGUAUGGGAAGGCUCCGCUAUGACACAUUUCCCCCUGAAGUGAUGGAGAACAUCACUGAAGAAGAGUCGGAAUACGAAGUCGCUCUCCGCGACCUGGGGAUUAAUCCUUUCGCAGGUCGCCUCAUCUUAGAUAACAUUCGCGUUGGUGGUUUUAACCAAUUUCCUGGCUUCGACCUAUAUCCCCUCCCCCUGCCCUCUCAUGAGACAGUUGCCAACACGAGCACAGAUUCAAGAGCUUUCGAUGUAUUCAUAAGUAUGACUCCCUUGGAGCGGGAUAUGGAAUACGGGUCUUUUGUGGGCGAAGGUGUGAUGAACAGGGUGUCGGAAACGAUCGAAUCAACGGCGCACUUGGCCUCCAAUGAGAAUGAGACUCACGGUGAAGAUAUUUAUAGCACUCAGAUCAGCCUCAAAUAG